UCUUGCUCUGAAUAGAAUACUGUAAUACAGUCCUGGAAUACAGUUCAGCAGAGUCUACAGCAAAAUCAACUCUACAGGGACAAACAAGCGAAUCUUCAAUUUCGAAAUCGUUUAGAAUUAAUAAAUAUUGAGAAUUUUAUUUGCAUCAUUUCAAAUUUGCAUAUGCGCAAACUCGACAAGGUAAAACAACUCCUCAAAAUCUGUUUAAACGGUUCAUAUUCUACAGUUUUCUUCAUUCUGAACGCAAGCACGAAGUUCAAACUGCGGUUAUUUCUGUUCGUCUCGUGAAGUGAUCUAAUUUGAGAGCUUUGGUUUUCCCCGCCGUCUGGAAAAGAACCUGAAUCCAAGUUAUAGGCCUACUGGUACAAGAGACGUGUUUCGCAAUACAGUCAGAUUCUAUCCAUCGAGGGAUCCCCAUGAGUCAUUCCAAGACCUCUGACUAGGACUCAAUCGAUUGAUUAUAAUGUUAGCUUAGUUAGCUACCUAAACUCGACAGUUGAUUUUUCGGUUCUUGUCUACUUCUCAACAGAAAAUCUGAGCACUUAGCGAGGUUUUUUCCAUACUGCUCGCAACAGCUCUUUCUCUUGAAUCAGUUGAGUACUUACGCGAACACCAAUCGGUUCGUUGAGAGAGCUUCUCAUCCACAGCUAAAUCCCCGUAUCCACAAGCUUCACAAGCUUCACAAGCUUAGGACCAAAUUCUACCGACCACCCUCGACCACCGUACCGAAGAUGGACUCUGAAGCCCACAUGGGUGACAUCGACAGUCCCGCCUCCAACUGGAUCCCAUCGUCGGCGACGGGGGAGCAAAAUCAUCUCGACCGACAUCACAGCUGCAGAGGACAGCUUUCGAGGAAGCCGAGUUCCCGCUCGAAACAACUUAGUACUUGUAACGCGACCGCCUGCGCCAUCGCAGUGUGUUUCAUCGCGGCGAUUCUGGCGUUGAUCAUCUCUUGCUUUACCCUCUAUAUGUACGUGCACAACCAUGGACUGGGACUCGAGAUGAACAUAGUCGAUCCGCAUCAAGAAAGUCGGCACGGUGCUUCACCUCCACCCUCAUUCGAUGGUCCUCAAACAGCUAUGCCACCACCAUCAUACGAGGGAGCGGCGAAAUCAGCCUACGCUCACGUUGUCGGGACAGACAAUGGACGGAGGGGAAAUGAUAUGCAAUUGGAAUGUUUAGCUGAAUGGAAAGUGAACGUAACACACAAUGUGAAAUUUCUGGACAGCUAUGGCAUUGAAAUCGUCGAGUCGGGUUAUUACUACCUCUACACUCAAAUCUACUUCAGUGAUUCGGAAAGUGGAGCGACAGUUGACCCCUCAUCUCAGCAGGCGUUGCCAAUGCGUUCUUCGACAAAUCGCAACCACGUCCCGUUGAUGGAAAGCGUCGUCCCUUUCAAAGAAUACGCGACGAAGUACCACGGUGGGGUGUUCCAUCUGGAGAAGGGCGAUAGGAUCACCGUGAGCGUAUCGAAUGGCGAUCUGCGAAUCAACACCGGGAGCGACAAGACCUUCUUUGGGGUCUUCAUGCUGCGUUCGACCAUGGACCAGGGCCCUGUUUUAUAAAACUUGAUAUCAAUAACA